UCAACAGCUUUGCAGUGAAAGAGCCGAAGGAUACCGAUCCUCUAGAGAAGAAAGGAAUGAAGUAGCAAAAGGAAAUAGAAAUUCUAACAUAGUGAAAAUAUACAUGUUUGAUCGAAACCAGAAUAGCAAUCCAACUGAUCUUUUCAGCAAUUCAGCUCGCAGGACAUAGAGUUACGUUCGCUACUCUCGGAAACUGGGUCACUAGAGGACGAAAACGACGAUAUCUGCAAGAGCGCGCAAACAACCUCCAUCUCUGCGGUCUCCAUUUUAGGUUCUUGCCCAGCCUGUACCUCACGUGUCCUGGACUGUCUUUCUCACAUGACCCGUGUGUUUGUCCCCGUGAUCAGGACUUCCAUCUCCGUAUUUCAGUGUCGCUGAAUAUCACUUUUUAUAUCGUUACCUUCAUGGAUAUGCUCGAACAGAGCCUGGACACCCCUACGAGUCACGACAAACAGGAAACCGAGGAGGUGGUUCAGCUGCAGGAGGGUGAGGCAGUUGGGGCAGAGGAGCAGGCUGCUGUUACCAUAGCAAGUGUCCAACAGGCAGCAUUUGCCGACCACAAUGUCCAGUACCAGUUCCGCACAGAAAGCAACGGUGGCCAGGUGGGGUUUAUCGCUGACCCUGAGGACCAGUUUCCCGUGACAUACCGGGUGGUGCAGGUGACGGAGGACCAGUUGGAAGCCGUUGGGGAUGGGGGAACGGCAGUUAGUGUGGUGUCCACGGCUGCCUUUGCUGGGGCUCAACAGGCAGUAGCUCAGGCUGUUAUCCAAAACCCCUUUAGUAAUGGUGGCAGUCCUGGCGGGGAGGCCGUGGGUGGAGAGACGCGCUUCGCUUAUUUCCCAGCAGCCACUGUGAGUGACGGAACGGCCACAGCUGUGUCUGUGCAGGCCACCGCAGACCCCUCACAGGCAGGAGGUCAGUUCUAUGUGAUGAUGAGUCCUCAAGAUGUGUUGCAAACUGGCACGCCUCGGACUAUUGCACCACGUACACACACCUACACAACAGACUACGGGGAAAACAAGAUGCUGCAACACGGUGGCAAUGCCAGCUGGAAGAUGGAGGGAGCACGAGCACCUCGAGAUGAAAGGAGGAGAGCACAACACAAUGAGGUUGAAAGACGAAGAAGAGAUAAGAUCAACAACUGGAUUGUGACUCUGUCAAAAAUCAUCCCAGAUUGCAACAUAGACAGCAGCAAAACUGGAGCGGUGAGCAUCAGCAAUGGGAGUAAAGGGGGAAUCUUGUCUAAGGCGUGUGACUACAUCCGUGAACUCAGGCAGAAUAACCAGCGGCUGCAGGAAAGCUUUAAAGAGGUGGAGAGAGUGCAGCUGGACAACGACCUACUCAGACAACAGAUUGAAGACCUGAAGAAUGACAACGCACUGCUCCGGGCCCAGUUACAACAGCACGGCAUUGAAAUGGGUGGAGAGGCGGCAACACAGUGACGAACACACACACACACACACACCAUACACACACCAUACACAUACACACACACACACACACACACACACACACACACCAUACAUAUACACAUACAUACACACUCACACACACACAGCACUGCAUAGUUAGAUGAAGAGACUGUUUCUGCAGUGAUGUGUCCCCACUCUCUCACACACACACACACACACACCAUACAUAUACACACACACAUACACUCACACACACACACAGCACUGCAUAGUUAGAUGAAGAGACUGUUUCUGCAGUGAUGUGUCCCCACUCUCUCACACACACAAGCAUACAUACGCUCGUAUUUUUAUUUCACCCGCACUUAUUAACAAAAAUUGUCUUUUUUUUUUGUUUUUACACACAGAAGCAUACCCAAAUACACAGGGGGCUGGCAAUUUGAAGACUUUUCGGACAGUAGUUGAAAACAAAAAGAGUAUACGUUAACACUACUAAGAAAUUCCUACCCUCCACCACCACACACACACACUCUGAAAAACUCAGACCCUAGAAACCUGCAUCCCUGUGGGAGGAAGACUCCUGAUCUUCAUCAUAUCUGCCCUUCUCGGCCCUCAACGCCCUAAGCUGUUGGCUUAUUUUGGUUUUCAUUUGUUGUUUUCUCUGCUUUAAUGCUCCUCAUCGUUGUACUGCUGUCUGUGUAACAUUUUGUUUGCUAUGUUGUCAUUUAAUUUAUUAGUUGAUAACAAAAAAAAUCAUGAAUGCUCAAGACUCCUGGCAAGUGAGAAUGGCCAGAGCAUCGGUCUUUUGUCUGCUUGUCUCACACCGGCUUAACAUACGUCUUAGCACCCGUGAGCGUGUUCUCUAGCCGUGAGCAGCUGAAGGAUGGAAGAAUAAUAAUGUACAUAAGAGUUUGCAUUGCGUUGUGCUGUGCUGUGCUGUGCUGCGCUCCUCUUGGUGGGGAGUGGGCGGGUGAUGAAGGACUCCAGACUUCUCUCAGGUAUCCGAUUACGCUUCUGCACACUGUGACCUGUAGGGGGUGUGCAUGAGUCCACGUCCCCUUCAGCUGCAGGGUCUGUCCAACAAACUUUCUCUCUCUCUCUCUCUCUCUCUCUCUCUCUCUCUCUCUCUCUCUCUCUCUCUCUCUCUCUCUCUCUCUCUCUCUCUCUCUCUCUCUCUCCGCAAGUGGAGCUGGUUUUAGUACCACUUCUGGCUUGCCCUCUCUGGAGUAUGGAACUGUAAAGCAGGUGCUUUUGCAACAAUACAGAGCUUUGUCAUCAUGUUUGAACAAUGGGAGAAAAAUGUAUUGCUGACUGGAUGACCAAUAUAAUGGAAGAGCACUUGGUUUCACACUGUCAGAGGAACUAAAACAACCACACACACAAGUUCUCUUUCAAGAGUCCCUAAAGGAUGCUGUUGCCUCUAUUGUGUCCCAUAAAUCUGAAUCCUGAGGCUAUUCAAAGCACUGGAUCAAGAUUGUCAUGUAGACCAGAAAAAAAUAUGACACUCAAGAUAUUCAACCUCAAUUUUUUUCAUGCCAUCCUUUUUUUUUUUAAAUUAUUAUUAUUAUUAUUUUUCAUGGGCAGAUCUGAGAUUCAUGGUAACACCAAGGAGCUGGAGCACUGUAAUACAUACGUUUGAACUCCUAUGUCUUCCCUGCAAGCACCAAGUACUGGGUGGCCAACCAUGGGUUCCUUUAGGUCAAGAAAAGCAUCUGCAUGGCUAGUCCUGGAAAUCUGCUAGAAGAAGUUAUUUUUGAAAGAGACUUUUCCCCCCCUCAUCCAAACACACGAGAAUACAGUCAGACACAGUGUAGCAAGCUUGGUGUCUGCUUUGUUACUGUUACCUGCAUUAUUAUUUUUCCCUGUUUGUUGAAAUGCAGAAACCACAAUUAUGAGUUUGCAGACAUUCUUAGGUAGUAACUCUCCGAUCAUCCUAACCACGGGCAUGAUUUCUAUCAAAUUGUACAAUAAAAUUGCAAUGUUUAUAUCAAA